CCCCGAGCCAGCGCAUGCGCCCGCCUGUGAGCGCUGUCCGCUCACCGACAGUCGGACUGACCGACGGACUGGCAGCCGAUCGGAUAGACGGGACAGCGCAAGGAGAGGGGACGCGGCUGGACAGCGAAAUGGCCGGCCACACUCAGCAGCCAAGCGGACGUGGGAAGCCCGGCCCUGCGCCCUCGCCUUCCCCCGGCCCAGGCCCGGGUCCCGGCGCCUCGGAGCCGGUGACACUCAAGAAGGAGAUCGGGCUGGUGAGCGCCUGCACCAUCAUCAUCGGGAACAUCAUAGGCUCCGGCAUCUUCAUCUCCCCCAAGGGAGUCCUGGAGCACUCUGGCUCUGUGGGUCUGGCCCUCUUCAUCUGGGUCCUGGGCGGGGGCGUCACCGCCCUGGGCUCCCUCUGCUAUGCGGAGCUGGGAGUCGCCAUCCCUAAGUCUGGCGGGGACUAUGCCUAUGUCACGGAGAUCUUCGGGGGCCUGGCUGGCUUCCUGCUGCUCUGGAGCGCAGUCCUUAUCAUGUACCCCACCAGCCUGGCCGUCAUCUCCAUGACCUUCUCCAACUACAUAUUGCAGCCCGUGUUCCCCAACUGCAUCCCCCCCGCCGCAGCCUCCCGUGUGCUCUCCAUGGCCUGCCUGAUGCUCCUGACGUGGGUGAACAGCUCCAGCGUGCGCUGGGCCACACGCAUCCAGGACAUCUUCACCGGCGGGAAGCUGCUGGCCCUGUCGCUCAUCAUUGGCAUGGGCUUUGUCCAGAUCUUCCAAGGACACUUCGAGGAGCUGCGGCCCAGCAAUGCCUUCGACUUCUGGAUGACACCCUCCGUGGGUCACCUGGCCCUGGCCUUCCUGCAGGGCUCCUUUGCCUUCAGCGGCUGGAACUUCCUCAAUUAUGUCACCGAGGAGCUAGUUGACCCUCGAAAGAACCUACCUCGAGCCAUCUUCAUCUCCAUCCCGCUGGUCACCUUUGUGUACACCUUCACCAACAUCGCCUACUUCACGGCCAUGUCCCCCCAGGAGCUGCUGGCCUCGAACGCAGUGGCCGUGACCUUCGGGGAGAAGCUGCUGGGCUAUUUUUCUUGGGUCAUGCCCGUCUCCGUGGCACUUUCCACUUUCGGAGGGAUCAAUGGCUACCUGUUCACCUCCUCCAGGCUGUGCUUCUCUGGAGCCCGCGAAGGGCACCUGCCCAGCCUACUGGCCAUGAUCCACGUCAGACGCUGCACCCCUAUACCCGCCCUCCUCGUCUGCUACGGGGCCACGGCGGUUAUCUUGCUUGUGGGAGACACGUACACGCUCAUCAACUACGUGUCCUUCAUCAACUACCUCUGCUACGGGGUCACCAUCCUGGGCCUGCUGGUGCUGCGCUGGAGGCGGCCGGCGCUCCACAGGCCCAUCAAGGUGAACCUCCUUGUCCCUGCUGCGUACUUGGUCUUCUGGGCGUUCCUGCUGAUCUUCAGCUUCAUCUCAGAGCCCAUGGUGUGUGGGAUCGGCGUCAUCAUCAUCCUCACCGGGGUGCCCAUUUUCUUCCUGGGAGUGUUCUGGAGAAGCAAACCAAAGUGUGUGCACAGACUCACGGAGUCAAUGACACGCUGGGGGCAGGAGCUGUGCUUCGUGGUCUACCCCCAGGGCGCUCCCGAGGAGGAGGAGAAUGGCCCCUGCCAGCCCUCCCCACUGCCCUCCGCGGACAAGCCCUUGAAGACACAAUGAGACACUUAUGGAGCCUGAAGCAGCUAUUUCUGUUUACAUGUUGUUUAUUGAGGAGGUGUUUUGGAAAAAAAGUUGUUUUUCCUGGAAAAAAAGAGUUCCCACUCUUAGAGGCCUGUAAUAAGGAAGCCCUAAGAUGUGGACUAGGUCCCCUGCCAGCAUGGCCCUGCAGGCUUUUCCUGAAAAGAUCUAUGAAUAAAACAGGGCUGG